AUGGAUUCUAUACCCCUCCACCCCGCAUCCAGCGCCCCCAAACCUGCCGAAAAUGCCCCCUCCAAGCCAUUGAACGUCCUCAUGGUCGGAACAGGCGAAUACACAACCGGGUUCGUGGGUGGUGGCGCCUCAGGAAGCGACAAGAAGGUGGGCGUCGUGGGCCUUACAAUGUUUGACCUGCGACGACGAGGGAAGGUUGGGCAGCUCUCUAUGGUUGGGACGAGUGGGACGAAAUACCCCGCGAUUCGCGAGCAUCUGCAUAAGAACAUCACGCAAUUCUACAACGGUCUCGAUACCUCCUUCCAAUCCUACCCCGCAGACGACAAGGUGGACCCCAACGCCUACAAAGCCGCGAUCGAUGCAUUGUCUCCCGGCGACGCCAUCACGAUCUUCACGCCCGACACCACACACUACCCGAUCGCUUUGUACGCCAUCGAACGCAAAAUCCACGUCCUGAUCACAAAACCCGCUGUCAAAACCCUCGCCCAUCAUCUAGCUCUCCUGGAAGCAGCGAAGAAGCAUGGGGUUUUCGUGUAUAUCGAGCAUCACAAACGCUAUGAUCCGGCGUACGCGGAUGCACGCUUCAAAGCACAAUCGCUGGGCGAUUUCAAUUAUUUUUAUAGUUACAUGAGCCAGCCUAAAUCGCAACUCGAAACAUUCAAAGCUUGGGCUGGCGUGGAUUCCGACAUCUCCUACUACCUGAACAGCCAUCACAUCGACAUCAACGAGUCCAUUGUGCAAACGCUCGGCUACGCGCCUGUCAAGGUCUCCGCCUCGGCAUCCAAAGGCACAGCCCUAGAUCUGGGCUGCGCGCCGCAGACGGAAGAUACGAUUUCGCUCUUGGUGCAUUGGGUCAAGACCGCUGAUCCGAGUAAAAGAGCAACAGGCGUCUACACCGCGUCUUGGACCGCGCCGCAGAAAGCCGGUGUUCACUCGAAUCAGUAUUUCCAUUACAUGGCGAGUGGAGGCGAGAUCCGGAUUGAUCAGGCGAAGCGAGGGUAUGAUGUCGCAGAUGAUCGAGCGGGGCAGCUGAUGUGGUAUAACCCAUUCUAUAUGCGGUAUGCGCCUGACGAGGAAGGGAAUUUCGGGGGCCAAGGCGGGUAUGGAUAUGUGAGUUUCGAGAAGUUCGUCGAUGGGUGUCGGGCAGUGAAUGAGCGGGGCGUGGAGGCGUUGGAGGUGCUUGAUAAGAGGGGGCUACCGACGCUGCGGAAUACGGUUGCUACCACGGCGAUUCUGGAGGCGGGGAGGAGGGCUAUUGAUGAGGGGCGGGAGGUGGGGAUUGAGGAGAAGGAAGGGGUUUGGAGGCUUAUUUAG